AUGGGAACAAUGCACCGAAGUGGUGCUCCUCGAAGAACAAACGAAAACGCAAAGGUUAUAAUCACAACGAUCCUGGGAAUAGUGUUUGGGACUUUCAUUGGCAUCACAUUACCCUCAGUUUCUUUUAAGAUUAACUUACCUUCGGCCCUUAUAUCAUCUCUUGAUGUAGCCAUAUCAGAUGGGAAACUGUUAUCUGGUGGUGACAAAUCUCCUGAAGAUUUUGGUUCAAGAAAAUUCCCUGAGAUAUAUGUUCCGACCAACCCGCGCGGUGCGGAACUACUACCUCCUGGAAUUGUUGUGGCGAAAACUGAUUUUUACUUGCGGAGAUUAUGGGGAGAACCUAAUGAAGAUUUGAAGAAGAAGCCGAAGUAUCUUGUGACAUUUACAGUUGGGUUUGAGCAGAGGAACCAUAUUAACUCAGUUGUUAAGAAGUUUUCUGAAGAUUUUCAAAUUCUGCUCUUCCAUUAUGAUGGCCGGACAACUGAAUGGGACCAAUUUGAGUGGUCGAAGAGCGCGAUUCAUAUUAGUACAAGAAAGCAAACGAAAUGGUGGUACGCAAAGAGAUUUCUGCAUCCUGAUGUCGUGUCAGCUUACGAGUACAUAUUUAUAUGGGAUGAAGAUCUUGAUGUGGCGCACUUCAAUGCGGAUAAGUACAUUCAGUUAGUUAAGAAGCAUGGUUUAGAGAUUUCUCAACCAGGUUUAGAGCCUAACAAUGGACUCACAUGGGAAAUGACAAAGAGACGAGGUGACCGAGAGGUCCACAAAGAUACUCAAGAAAAACCAGGAUGGUGUAGUGACCCACAUUUACCUCCUUGCGCUGCGUUUGUUGAAAUAAUGGCGCCUGUGUUUUCUCGAGAAGCAUGGCGAUGUGUGUGGCAUAUGAUUCAAAACGAUCUUGUUCAUGGAUGGGGUCUCGACUUUGCUCUCAGAAGAUGUGUUGAACCUGCUCAUGAGAAGAUUGGUGUUGUGGAUUCGCAAUGGAUAAUACAUAAAGUGAUACCUUCGCUUGGAAGUCAAGGUAAGUCAGAGAAUGGGAAAGCUCCGUGGCAAGGAGUGAGAGAGAGAUGCAAAAAAGAAUGGACAAUGUUUCAGAAUCGAUUAGCUGAAGCUGAUAAAGAGUAUCUUGGGAGGAUGGUAAAAGGGUAA